AUGUUGGCAUCUCUUCCUCCUGUUACUGGACUUUACACCGCAAUCAUUCCUGUCCUACUUUACAUGAUCAUGGGAACAUCAAGAACUCUAUCCGUAGGUAAGUUACCUAAAUAGACCCAAAAGACCUAUUGUUAUUUAAUGACCUUUGUGCAGUUUGUACAAAUGUAAGUGAGUACCCUGUGCACCAUCUCUUGAGUGCAAAAGUCAAAUUUUAAGGAAAAUUAGAUUUAGAGUUAUAAUAUCAUUCAUUAAUAAGCCUCUUGUUUUAUUUUGCCGUCACGUGACAGGUAGUUUUGCAGUGAUUUGUCUGAUGGUGGCACAGGUCUGUGAGCGUGAAGUGGCUUUAAUGUCUUUUGACCCUACUCCUACUCCAGGAAAUAGUACGGGUCCCAGUCCCUCUCCAACUCCCAGCAGCAGCUUAUGGACCCCAAAAGACGCAGCCAAACUAGAAAUUGCCAUAACGCUGUCGUUCCUUAUAGGAAUCAUACAGGUUAGUAGCGCGAUUCUACAAUAGAAUGAGGAAAAAAGGAAGACCCGAUAGUCUGAAAUGUCAGUCACAAAUAAAACCGUAAAUCGAAUGGGAUUGAGUCUACCGGCAUUGACAAAACAAAAACUAUUCUCCGAGGUUAGAAAAAAGGCCUUGAGGAGAGAUUUACCUCAAUUUGAAAUGUAAAAAAAUCUAUCUUAUCAUAACAUAACUCCGUAUCACAGUUUCCAAUCUCGUUCCCAGAGACUGCUAUCCUUUUGGUCAGCACUAACAGUUCCGCUGGACACGGCUAACGAAGGCUCUGGCCCAGGUCAUUUUUUUCCACAACACUCGACUACCUUGCGCCCUCACCUAGCAAUGUGCACGCUAGUCAGAACAAGGCGGGGGGGGGAGGGGUGGGGAGGCUUGCCCUAAGAAUCUCCCUUAGACAUUCCUUUGUUUAAAACACUGCGUUAAUUUCAAACCCUCUUGCGGACGAAGCAAGACUUCUUUUUCCUCCUUUAAAUCCUUGGAAGAAAAGAAGAGACCUCUUCACGCAGGGUUGAUUUUCCUGUUGGUUUUCUAACCUUAGAUUGUCAUGGGAGCUGUUCACCUGGGUGUUGUGGCAACGUACUUGUCCGAUCCUUUGAUCAGCGGUUUCACCACAGGGUCAGCGGUGUUGGUUGUAAUCAGCCAAAUGAAGCACAUUCUUGGUGUCAAGGUGCCGCAGUUUGCAAAACCAUUCGUUGCACCAAAGGUGAGACUAGAAGUCGUUCUGACUCUUCUGACGAGAGACUGGAAACUAGACGCAUUUUUAGUAAAAAGAUUAUAAUAUGUAUGAUUCGAAGAGGACCAACCACUACGCUUGAGCUAAACAAGCCUCCACUGUUUUAAGAAAUUAAUUGUUAAAAGUUAGAUGCAUUUUCAAAACAGCUAUAGCUUGCAAAACUACCAUAAUUCAUUCGUUUUUGCUUUCGUUUUUAAAUUUGUCAAUCCUACCGAGGUUUAAAAACAAUAGCCCUAAUAGACCAUUUUACAGUGGUGGACUUAGUACCCUAGUCUUCGAGUGAAUGCGAGGCUGACGGUGACCUUGUUUUGAUACAAACCUUCUUUGCUUUGUUAUGGAAAUUGUCCUUGAAAAAUACUAGUUAGCAUAAGAAUAACUUGAUUUACAUUAAAAAGCAGGAAGGUUUGUACCAAAACAAGGUGAACUCCAAUCUCGCCUCCAUCCAUAAAUGCCAAAUGGCCUAUUUGCACAAGAAAACAACAAACUGAAGGAUUCUGGGAGCUGUAGUAAAAUAACAGAGAAAGGUUGGUUCUUAACAAUACGGCGUGCAGUGACGUCAUUAAAAUUCAAAAUGGUGCGCGCAUGACGCGAACUAUGGAUACGAUUUCACUAUAACAUCAGUGCAGUCUGUCCCCUGAUUUCUGCUGACUUCAAUGAAUGUUUGACUUUAACUUUUGUGUCUUUCAGGGCGUCAUCCAUAUGCUAAAGAAUCUCCCUCAUGCGAAUGUUGGUUCCAUUAUAACCGGCGUGUUGUGUCUCGCAGUGUUAAUUGGGCUAAAACACGUGAACGAACGCUUCAAAAACAAGCUCAAAGUUCCUAUACCAGGCGAACUGCUUGUGGUCAGUGUUAAACUCCCAUAAUCUCUUUAUAACCCUUUAAGCCCCAGUAUCCACAUACAAAUUCUCCAAACUGAUCUCUAUACAUUUCCUUCAAGAAUAAGUUGAGAGAAUUUGAUAUAAGAUCAAGGCAUUUUCCCCUAGGUGAUCAUUUUAUUAAUUCUCAUAACCUAAUCUCUUGAUAUUGUAUGGAUAUCGUUAGGAGAAAAUUGACGUUAGUCACUACUGGGCCUUAAAGGGAUAAGUCAAAGUUUCAUGUUUAAAUGACUUUAGAAUGUCACAUUUGAGUAUUGAUUGGGGGCUCGAAUGGUGGGCCCACAUGUUGGUUGUCGGUAGCCGGUUAAAAUAUUUUUCAAAUAUUUUUCACCUUUUGCCACUAGUCGGUUAAUCUUAUUCAGAUCCUCUUGAUCACCAUUUUUGAAGGAAUGCCUUUUUUUCGCUUUGUCGAGUUUCAUUGCAGUUUUUAGUUUUAGUCCUGAAUUUUUUUAUUGAUUUAAUUUGCCUGACUGACGAUUCUUCCUUCCUGUCACACACCCGUCAUUUGUAACACAAGAACAAAGUUAUGUUCUGAGAGCGACACUCGGUGAAAUGCGAAACGACUGUGCUAUUGGACGAAACAACUAUAUUGUAACCUCUAUUAAGCGGCCGCCCUCUGUUAAGCGGCCAGUAUUCAAAUUCCCGAAAUUAUUGUAGAAAAGAUUGGGAACUUAAGUUUGGCUUGAUUUCAAGAAUGUGAUGAAGGGAAAAACAGUCUGAGAUAGAAAGUGACAACCAAUUGUGGACCAGUAAUGCUUCUUUCGUCGCGCUUUUGUCUGAAAAUAAAGUGACGUUUCUACUAAAGAUUAUACUGAUUUAUGACGAACCUCUAUUGAGAGGCCACUUUCCAGUACUCCGAGGGAGACCGCUUAAUGAAGAUACGGUUUAAUUGUAAUUGCAGAUAGCCGACAUGCCGAUAUUGUUUUCUGAAGGUUGUUGAAAAAGGUCUUUUAUUUCUCUUUUGCUUCCUUCCCUAGGUGGUCGUGGGCACUGCAAUCUCGUAUGGAGCAGCAAUCAACAAAAACUUCGGAGUGUCUAUCUUAGGUUUUAUACCAAAGGGGUAAGCCAUAGAUAAAGCAUCAACAACAGCCCAAUUUUUUUUCAAAAUCAACUUGCAAAAAAAGUCCGUUUCACAGCUGACCCAAAACUGUAUCUAAAUUUUAAAAAAAAACAUUUUCCAGGGAAAUGACGCAAUAUUUAAAAUUGGAAUACCGUUCAAAUCAAAUUUUGUUUAGAUGGCUGGCAAAAAUUUUCAGCAUUUUUGAGUACUGUCAUUUUGAGUAGUCAAUAUGUCUGCUACACCUUUUCAGUUCAUGUUACAAUUAAUGGCAUCAAACAGACGCCGAAUUACUAGUAAAGAAAUUAUAGUCAUUAUUUAAACGAAAAAGGUUGCCAUAGCGACACUAGUAAAAUUUAAUUUAAUAACUCACAAAAGGAUUCGGUGGCUCCCAUUUUUAAUGAGAGCGUUUUGUUCAGCAUAUCCAAAAUCAACUUAUAAAAAGUUCAAAAAAUCGUAAGGAGCGGGUUCAGAGCACCCUUAACGUUUUCUUUUUUCCCAAAAAAUUCAGCGAUUGUGCAACAAGCAAGUGCGGGGAAUAGUCGCCUCUUGCGCGAAGAAGAGACCCUGACAUAGUCAUAGCCUAAAAGUAUCUUUUUUUUCUUAAUUUCAGUCUUCCCCCUCUGAGCGUGCCUAAUUUCUCUCUGGUGUCGAACAUCUUCUCAGAUGCCUUUGUCAUCGCAGUGGUUAUCUUUGCUACAAACAUUUCGAUUUCUAAAAUGUUUGCCAAGAAACAUGGCUAUUUAGUGGAUCCAAAUCAGGUAAACAUAAUAAGCCACCGUACACUUCUAUCCAAGCCAUUAAUUUUCUUUUUUCCUUCUUCUUCUUCUUUACUAGUGUACUCCUACCUUACUAUAUAUAAUGUAAAUAUUUUAUAAAAGUGUGAAUAAAAUUGAAUUGAAUUCUCCGUAGUCCCGAGAUCAAAUCCUUGUCCACGCUUGUAAAUAACCAACUGGUUUGCCUCUGGCCGGUUGGGUUUCUUAACCCUAUUAUGUUCGAUUUAAAUUAUUUGUUUCAGUCAUUUGCUCGGCCCAACUAGCAUUAGUGCUAUAAAUACUGCCGAGGGUAAAUAACGAAAAAAAUUUUUUUUUUAUUGUCCUAUUAUGAUCUUUUGAUAACUGUUACAAUGUACUGCAAAAGAAGUCUUUUACUUAAAGUCAGCUGCAUUUUGUGCAGUUUUAAGAUAUUUUGGAUAGAGAACGUGAAACGAAUUUGUUUCUUAGGGCGCUGUUAGAAAAGUCAGAAUCGGCCGACCAAGAAAAUGAAAUAGGCUUAGUCUUUCGAGAGUCAGAUAGAGUCAGUUCGUUAAAAACCCAUCCUGCUGAAGUUCAUUAUGCUUAGCCUGGAUAAACUGAUCUGGCUGGACUGACUGAUUAAUAGUCGUAGACGUCCCUUUAACACUGCACUGGUCUUGCAGACCAGUUCUGACAAAUGGCAAGUGCAUCAUUAUCGGUGCGCUUGGACACGCUCACUCCAUAUUAACGCCGAAGGCCGAGCUUAUUUACAGAGCUAAUGAAAUCCAUUUUUAAAAGUUCUCUUAUAUCUACGCCAUAUCGACUUGUUUCCUUCCAGGAGCUGAUAGCUUAUGGUGCGGGUAACUUCGUCGGCUCAUUCUUUUCUUGUUUUCCGAUUUGCAACGCUUUGGCGAGGUCAGUGGUUGAAGAUAACCUCGCCGUCACACAGGUAACUUUUUUUAUUGACCACAAAAUAACAACAUCUAUAUACAGCAUAUAAUAAAAAUAAAUAUAUAACAAAACUAAUUACAGCCUAAUUACGAAGUUUACAAGAAGCUCAUACACAAAAAAAUUAUAUAUAGGUAAAGUAAAUUUAAAAAAAGUAUUAGAGAAUAAAAGCCUGUCAGUCGCCACGCAUAUUUAAAUAUAUUGCUUGCCACAAUUUUCAAAGCGAUAUUGGUCAAAAAGCUUACGUAAAGUCACUCAGGUAACGUUAAUACCGGCCACAAAGAAUUGCUGCUUUUGAUCCAAACAUUGCCAGCAUUAUAAUAUCGCACUAGCUUAGUUUAUCCUUGAAUAUCGAGCACUUGACCGCUACCGAGCAGGGAAUGACCGAUGCGGCACAGAAAAACGCACCGCCUACGCUAUGUAAGUGCCACAAAGUAUUUAAAUGCUUACAGGCACAGGUUGGUUCUGAUUGUAGAUGUUCUAAAGGUGUACCUUCAAUACCCUAAGCAACAAAUUGAUGGAGCAUAGCCAGUUAAUGAAUAACAAUUAUUCACCGAGGUGGAUGUUUGCUUUGUAAACGAAAGCUUUCUCACCGGUUUUAUCGAUAAAUUCAGGUUAAACAGGACAAGCUUUACCUGUAAAAACUGCCAAACCGAAUUUCGUCGCCUUCUUCGUGAUUCCUCUUCGGUUAUUUAUGAAAUGUCUUCGUUUAUUACGGUAGCAAAUAGGGAGGUGAAUAGCAAUGGAUAUCCCGAGUUUGAGAAGCCAGUCACAGUUUCAGUAUAUACUUAAAGGUAAUUAUUACAUAUUCUAUUCCACAGCUUUGCAGUAUAGUCGUGAUCGUCCUGAUUCUUCUGGUGCUGCUGUUUAUUGCCCCGCUUUUCUUCCAUCUUCCCAAGGUAACGAAGGACUAAGUUCAUUUGCAAUCACCCUUUAGCGCCGGUUUAUCAGUGUGUUCUUAUACAGUUAUUGUAUCCUUUAUCCUGUUUCAGGCCAUCCUAGCUGCUGUACCUGAAUUUUUUUAUUGAUUUAAUUUGCCUGACUGACGAUUCUUCCUUCCUGUCACACACCCGUCAUUUGUAACACAAGAACAAAGUUAUGUUCUGAGAGCGACACUCGGUGAAAUGCGAAACGACUGUGCUAUUGGACGAAACAACUAUAUUGUAACCUCUAUUAAGCGGCCGCCCUCUGUUAAGCGGCCAGUAUUCAAAUUCCCGAAAUUAUUGUAGAAAAGAUUGGGAACUUAAGUUUGGCUUGAUUUCAAGAAUGUGAUGAAGGGAAAAACAGUCUGAGAUAGAAAGUGACAACCAAUUGUGGACCAGUAAUGCUUCUUUCGUCGCGCUUUUGUCUGAAAAUAAAGUGACGUUUCUACUAAAGAUUAUACUGAUUUAUGACGAACCUCUAUUGAGAGGCCACUUUCCAGUACUCCGAGGGAGACCGCUUAAUGAAGAUACGGUUUAAUUGUAAUUGCAGAUAGCCGACAUGCCGAUAUUGUUUUCUGAAGGUUGUUGAAAAAGGUCUUUUAUUUCUCUUUUGCUUCCUUCCCUAGGUGGUCGUGGGCACUGCAAUCUCGUAUGGAGCAGCAAUCAACAAAAACUUCGGAGUGUCUAUCUUAGGUUUUAUACCAAAGGGGUAAGCCAUAGAUAAAGCAUCAACAACAGCCCAAUUUUUUUUCAAAAUCAACUUGCAAAAAAAGUCCGUUUCACAGCUGACCCAAAACUGUAUCUAAAUUUUAAAAAAAAACAUUUUCCAGGGAAAUGACGCAAUAUUUAAAAUUGGAAUACCGUUCAAAUCAAAUUUUGUUUAGAUGGCUGGCAAAAAUUUUCAGCAUUUUUGAGUACUGUCAUUUUGAGUAGUCAAUAUGUCUGCUACACCUUUUCAGUUCAUGUUACAAUUAAUGGCAUCAAACAGACGCCGAAUUACUAGUAAAGAAAUUAUAGUCAUUAUUUAAACGAAAAAGGUUGCCAUAGCGACACUAGUAAAAUUUAAUUUAAUAACUCACAAAAGGAUUCGGUGGCUCCCAUUUUUAAUGAGAGCGUUUUGUUCAGCAUAUCCAAAAUCAACUUAUAAAAAGUUCAAAAAAUCGUAAGGAGCGGGUUCAGAGCACCCUUAACGUUUUCUUUUUUCCCAAAAAAUUCAGCGAUUGUGCAACAAGCAAGUGCGGGGAAUAGUCGCCUCUUGCGCGAAGAAGAGACCCUGACAUAGUCAUAGCCUAAAAGUAUCUUUUUUUUCUUAAUUUCAGUCUUCCCCCUCUGAGCGUGCCUAAUUUCUCUCUGGUGUCGAACAUCUUCUCAGAUGCCUUUGUCAUCGCAGUGGUUAUCUUUGCUACAAACAUUUCGAUUUCUAAAAUGUUUGCCAAGAAACAUGGCUAUUUAGUGGAUCCAAAUCAGGUAAACAUAAUAAGCCACCGUACACUUCUAUCCAAGCCAUUAAUUUUCUUUUUUCCUUCUUCUUCUUCUUUACUAGUGUACUCCUACCUUACUAUAUAUAAUGUAAAUAUUUUAUAAAAGUGUGAAUAAAAUUGAAUUGAAUUCUCCGUAGUCCCGAGAUCAAAUCCUUGUCCACGCUUGUAAAUAACCAACUGGUUUGCCUCUGGCCGGUUGGGUUUCUUAACCCUAUUAUGUUCGAUUUAAAUUAUUUGUUUCAGUCAUUUGCUCGGCCCAACUAGCAUUAGUGCUAUAAAUACUGCCGAGGGUAAAUAACGAAAAAAAUUUUUUUUUUAUUGUCCUAUUAUGAUCUUUUGAUAACUGUUACAAUGUACUGCAAAAGAAGUCUUUUACUUAAAGUCAGCUGCAUUUUGUGCAGUUUUAAGAUAUUUUGGAUAGAGAACGUGAAACGAAUUUGUUUCUUAGGGCGCUGUUAGAAAAGUCAGAAUCGGCCGACCAAGAAAAUGAAAUAGGCUUAGUCUUUCGAGAGUCAGAUAGAGUCAGUUCGUUAAAAACCCAUCCUGCUGAAGUUCAUUAUGCUUAGCCUGGAUAAACUGAUCUGGCUGGACUGACUGAUUAAUAGUCGUAGACGUCCCUUUAACACUGCACUGGUCUUGCAGACCAGUUCUGACAAAUGGCAAGUGCAUCAUUAUCGGUGCGCUUGGACACGCUCACUCCAUAUUAACGCCGAAGGCCGAGCUUAUUUACAGAGCUAAUGAAAUCCAUUUUUAAAAGUUCUCUUAUAUCUACGCCAUAUCGACUUGUUUCCUUCCAGGAGCUGAUAGCUUAUGGUGCGGGUAACUUCGUCGGCUCAUUCUUUUCUUGUUUUCCGAUUUGCAACGCUUUGGCGAGGUCAGUGGUUGAAGAUAACCUCGCCGUCACACAGGUAACUUUUUUUAUUGACCACAAAAUAACAACAUCUAUAUACAGCAUAUAAUAAAAAUAAAUAUAUAACAAAACUAAUUACAGCCUAAUUACGAAGUUUACAAGAAGCUCAUACACAAAAAAAUUAUAUAUAGGUAAAGUAAAUUUAAAAAAAGUAUUAGAGAAUAAAAGCCUGUCAGUCGCCACGCAUAUUUAAAUAUAUUGCUUGCCACAAUUUUCAAAGCGAUAUUGGUCAAAAAGCUUACGUAAAGUCACUCAGGUAACGUUAAUACCGGCCACAAAGAAUUGCUGCUUUUGAUCCAAACAUUGCCAGCAUUAUAAUAUCGCACUAGCUUAGUUUAUCCUUGAAUAUCGAGCACUUGACCGCUACCGAGCAGGGAAUGACCGAUGCGGCACAGAAAAACGCACCGCCUACGCUAUGUAAGUGCCACAAAGUAUUUAAAUGCUUACAGGCACAGGUUGGUUCUGAUUGUAGAUGUUCUAAAGGUGUACCUUCAAUACCCUAAGCAACAAAUUGAUGGAGCAUAGCCAGUUAAUGAAUAACAAUUAUUCACCGAGGUGGAUGUUUGCUUUGUAAACGAAAGCUUUCUCACCGGUUUUAUCGAUAAAUUCAGGUUAAACAGGACAAGCUUUACCUGUAAAAACUGCCAAACCGAAUUUCGUCGCCUUCUUCGUGAUUCCUCUUCGGUUAUUUAUGAAAUGUCUUCGUUUAUUACGGUAGCAAAUAGGGAGGUGAAUAGCAAUGGAUAUCCCGAGUUUGAGAAGCCAGUCACAGUUUCAGUAUAUACUUAAAGGUAAUUAUUACAUAUUCUAUUCCACAGCUUUGCAGUAUAGUCGUGAUCGUCCUGAUUCUUCUGGUGCUGCUGUUUAUUGCCCCGCUUUUCUUCCAUCUUCCCAAGGUAACGAAGGACUAAGUUCAUUUGCAAUCACCCUUUAGCGCCGGUUUAUCAGUGUGUUCUUAUACAGUUAUUGUAUCCUUUAUCCUGUUUCAGGCCAUCCUAGCUGCUGUUGUCAUCGCCAACCUUGUUGGUCUGCUGAAGCAAUUUUCCAGAUUUCCAGUUUUGUGGAGAAUAGAUAAACCAGACGCGGUGAGAUUUGGGUCACUAAAAAAUAAUCAUUACGAAACAAAGCCAGUGUAUCCAAGGAUCUCUAAGCAUUUGUAGUUAUUUGAGAAAGUGCAUCUUGUGGGAAGGCAGGAACCCUUUAGCAGGAUCGUGCAACUCCCCGCCAUACUUAGCCUAUACAAGGGCAUUUUCACAGAUCAGUUUAUUUUUAGCACCAUUUGGAGCGCUCUUUCCCACGAGAAUGGAAACACCGCUCUGUAUGAUUGUGCAUCCGUAUUAUGAUAUAUAUGAAAAAAUGAAACGUUAAUGUCUUUAAAACAUCAGAAAUACUAUUUUUGGCCUCUGGUUAUAAAGGUACUCAUCAGCUUACUCUUGAUAUUCUAGAAAGGUUACAACAAUGCACUAUGUAUUUAUGUUAAGGAAACAUCGGGCGUUCCCGCGCGUAUUUAAGGGAACUGCGAGUUUACUUUGAACGUAUCCCUGGAGCGGUCUUAAAAAGUAUUUAAAUCGUAGUUGGCCUACAUUUAUAUCACUAAAGCUUACCAUAACGCGCGUAUUUGGAGCGUGCUCUCGGCGUACUGUGAGCUCACUAUUAAUGUCGGUUGGUGCUUUCUAUAAGAUGCUUACUAAAACACCUUUAACAUAUAAGUACUCUAAUGGCCGUGCUAAGGUGUGCUAGGUGAUUAUUUUAACAUAGUACGUGGAUUCAAAUAUGCAGUGAAAUACUAUUGCAGGGAGUUCAUAAAUUUCACAGCCCAUCUAUUCAAACAAAUGCCUGACGAUUUGUUUAUUUUCAGAUUGUCUGGUUCGUUUCUUGUUUUGGAGUCAUAUUGAUGGGAGUGGAUGUAGGACUUGGUAUCGGGCUCAUUUGUGCACUGUUUGUUGUUGUUGUAGUCCUUUCCAGGUAAGUAAACAAUCGGAAAAGGAAUUAGUAAGUCAAUCGAACAAACUGAGAGAAUUAACUAUCUAUCAGUUCCGUCAGAAUGCGAGAAACCUGUCGCUUAGUUCUGUGAAUCUUCCUGUCUUCCCAUUUGUCAGUCUGUCGUGUUCCUGGAUUUCAAUCAGUUCUUUAUACUGACUGUCUCUUUUGUCCGACCGAGUCCGUAAAACCAGUCAGUCAGCCCUACCAUCAAUAGACCAGUUGGUCUAUUACUUGAUACAGACUGCCUUAGUUUCGCGGUUCGCGUUCUGUACCCUUCCCUUCUUCCUCGCGCGCUCGAGAUCCUAACCUUAGCUUUCCCUUUUGACCGCCUGCCACGCAAGUGAGUCUUGAUUGGCUACCCGAGCAGACAAGAUGGCGGGAUCUAUGUUGCCUGCUUUGUCCCCUUCUUUUGCCCAUUUAGUAAAUCCUUAAUUGACCAAUUUUUCUCGGUCAAGAUAUCCGGAAAUUGGCCUUCUCCUAAUUUUUACAUACUUAUGGGCAGCUGUAAAAACGAAAAACAAAGAAAACGUUCACGCUUGUCAAAUAACAUAUUUUGUUGUUCCCAGGUCGAACUAUGCUAUACUGGGACGCGUGACAGAAACAGAACUGUACCGCGACACUGGAAACUGUCCUUUGGUACGUCUCUUAAGAUAAAAACGAUCCUUACCUAAUCCCCUAUUAUUACUUUGUUAGUGUUGUUCCCUACACUUUAUAACAAUAGAAGAGACGGCAAAUAGUAAAUGUAAAACAGUUUUAAGUUGCAAGUGUAAGAAUAUUCUUUAAACAGCUCGUUCAGUCCGGAGGGCGUAUCUUAAUGAUGUUGUUUUUCUCUGAAGGCCACGGAGGUAUCUGGAAUAAAGGUGCUUAGAUUUGAGUCCACGUUGUACUUCGGUAAUGUGGAGCGCUUCAGGAAUGCCCUUUAUACGGUUACCGGACUAGAUCCCAACACUGAAGGACAACCAAAAUUAGAGGUAAGACUGCCAGCGGGCCUGCUUAAAUUUUAAUACAGCAUACCGUAAAUGAUCCCGUUGAAGUCUCCUCUCAAAUAAACUCCUCUUGUCUACUUGUAAUAAACGCCUCCCCUACGAUGUGAAGUUGGUAUUAGACCAGCUCCUCUCUGAGAAACGCCCCCUGUCAAGAGAGAAGCUCAUUCUCUCUUGCCCCUGUCUAAUAGACGCUCCCCUACCCUUCGAAAAUUACUACAAAAUACUGGGAAAUAGAAAAAGGAGAAAAAUCGUUCAAUUUAUUCAGUUUCCUGCUUUAACGAGGGUUUGUGUAUUGCAUCUUGUUCUAUCUCAGCUUUAAUGUCAUUAGGAAUGGCUAACGAUAACAACACAAUGACCCUGAACGACGAUUCUGAAAUCGGAUUUGAGAUUUGAAUGAUAAUGGGUGGACUGGAUAUUCUACUAUUUGUUAGCCCUUUUAGUAUUUUCGCUGAAAGAACGCUAUUCACAGUUAUGGUAAUAAACGCCCUUCUCUUUUGAACGCCACCUAUCUAUUAAACAGCGACACCCCCUUGAACCCUCAAAUUUCAGUAAAUAAAAUCCCGGGUGUCUACUAGAUCAUUUACGGUAUAUCCAAUUAAAAUUGAAACGAUUUUGUUGGUCAUAAUUAAGUUUUCUUUAGAAAUCGUUCCCCAAACUGGUCAAGCAAAUCGUAAUGUGUACAUCGGGCACAACGUAGCAUGAACCGGUCUUGUAAAGCGAUAUUACGCUCGCUCUAAUUGUUCACCCAGCCUGUUGUUUGUUUGUUUGUUUUUUUUUUACUGGUGAAAAAUUUAUAGAAAACUUCUUAGCCAGAAAACUUUUCUCUGCUUCUGUUAUCAAUUUCGUGUGGGUUUAUUGCGCCCCUAUUAAACCAUGAUGAAAAGUUAUGUAUAUUGCUUGACUGGUCCGUGAUUGUUCUAUAAACAGAAAAUAAACGACAACAACGGCCAUAUGGCAGUCGAGGUCGAGACGUCAGAGAAACGAAUUCACACAGUUAUAAUUGAUGGUAGCAGCUUCACCUUCAUUGAUUCAAUGGCUUUGCACGCUAUUCCAUCGGUGAGUAUAUCUUUGCAUCUGAAAAGUGCAUCUUGUCUUACUUCCAGUCCACUUUCAAAAACCACUUUUGUAGUCGCGUUGCUGGCGGGAAUUCGCGUGCGAGAGUUUUGCUCGAACACGGGUAGCUACCUGGGGACUUCAAGUCGCCGAUGGCGGAAAAUUCCUUCGCGAGGCGCUUGCACAGGCGAAAAAAACUUCCACCUGGAGUCCCCAGCUCCCGUUUUGUACCAUACGCAAGGUGACAUCGUAUUUGGGAUCAUUAAAAAUUUGGCCAUUUGUUUUUAAUUACCCCCUUUUAUUGUGUAGCUCUUUUUUUUAAAUCAUCCCUUAUCCGCCAAAUAUUCAAUCUUAACGCCCUCUCGUCCAGUCGACACGUUAGUCCAUCUACUCGCUUUUGUUGAUGUUCUGUACAAUAAAGUAACCUCUACCCUCUCUUCUGUUUCAGCUAAUGUCAGAGUUUAAAAAGAUUGGAGUUGAUAUUUACCUGGCUGGCUGUUCCUGUAAGUACUUAUUAUAAAUUUCUCAGGCACAUCAUUUGAACUAAAACCAAAAUUAAUACAUGCGGCCAGUGCCAAGCACGCCGAGAAACUCAGUAGAAGCGAAGGAGGAUGUUAAAGGCUAAUACUUUGUUCCUGCCACUGAAUAUUCAGUAAGACUUUCCACUAGGUAGUGCAAUUGGCUUUCGGCCUAACUCUUAUCCGCUGAAUAGCGCUAUCCAGGUUUCACUCUUGAACAAACGUGGCGUUUUUGAUGACGUACGAAAUGUAUGGCUUAGAAUCUCUAAGCAAACUUUGUGAUCUUCCACGUGUUACAACCCCCUUUAAACUGUAAAGAAGGUCUUUUCGUUAUCUACUUCAUCGCUUUAUUUAUUUUCUCUUUUGUAAUUUAUUUUUAUUGCUUUGUUGCAGCGACUCUAACCAGAAAACUCACAAAUUCAUCUGAAAAGUCUGCGAUUACAGCAGUUGAUCAUCACGCACUGUUCCCAUCUAUACACGACGCUGUGAUGUCAGCCAUGCAGUCACGUUAA